UUAUGUCAGUCAACGGGCUUAACUCUUGUUGCUAAUAGCAACGUAAUUGUUGUUUUGUUGACUGUGACUAAUGUUUUAUUUUCCUUUGACGUAUGGAUACUUCUUCAGUUUGGAGAAGAAAAAACAAAGCUCUGAGUUGUUUUCCUCGGUUAAAUGCACCCGGACUACAUCUUCCCUCUGGUGCUGACCUCCGCCACCCAGGAGCUCUUUGGGUGCCGUGCUGACGAGGACCUCACAGAGGCUAGCCCUUACAAACUGCUGAAUAAAGAAGAUGUGGUGCAGGACAUGAAGACCAGGGCGGCAGUGUCAGAUUUCAGUCCCGUCAAGCAGUUUGUUCUGGACUACCCAGAUGAUGAGAUCCUGCUGGUGUUUGACAGGGAGUUCACCUAUGGGCAGAGCUUCUACCUGGCUCUCACACCUGAGGCCAAAGAAAGAAUCCUCCAUACACCGCAGGCCGCGGAGGCGCAGCCGGGAGAGGUUCAAGGGCAGGAGGAGUUGGUGGUGAAGAGCCCAGAGCCUCAGGCCUGGAUCCCUCUGGGAUCUGAGCUGGAGAUAGAAAAAGAUUCCACCAAAUUCUCUAGAGACAAGCUGAGAUACAGGGUCUCCAGGGCACGGAGGGACUUUGGAGCUCCCGUGAGUUUCUCUGACCACGUCGUGGUUGAUGACAUCCACAAGUGUGUCUCUUUCAAGGAUGAAAAGUUCACCAUCAAACUGAUGGAAAAGGAGUGCGAGGUUCAGGCCAUUCCCAUUCUAUCUAACAGCAGCGCUCAGACACAGUGGGAAUAUCCAAAGAAUAUGUGCACACAGUACGAACCGAGAGGGUUUAGUAUGGAAGAAAAAGAAAACUAUCGCCAAUCUGAGAAGCUGAGAAAGUUUAUGAACACAGUGGCCCCCAGUGUUUUCAGGGCCCUCCAACAGAACCACAUAAUGGACGUGUUCGUGGACGACUGGAGGACCCUGGGUGAAGAUGUGGGUGGGAAGGUGGAUACCCACCUCAAGGAAUACCAGUCCUUCACCGAUCUCAACUACAGCAAAGAUAAGACCAUCAGCCACAUCAACUGGCACCCCAGCAUCAAUGGUAUUGUGGCAGUGGCCAUGGUGGAGAGGGCCUCCCUUGAGGAACGCAUCGACAACUCCACUAAGCUGCUCCUAAAGCACCCCCUCGUUCUUUUCUGGAGUUUCUCUGACCCCAUCAAACCACAGUUGCUGCUGGAGUGCCCAGAUGAUGUCUUGGCCUUUGAGUUCUGCCCCUCUGAUCCAAAUAUUAUUGUUGGCGGCUGCAUGAACGGCCUGGUUGUCCUAUGGGACAUCUCCGCCCAUGUGGAUCGCCUGCAGGGAACACGUCCCUCUGGUGGCCGGAGCACCUCGGUCAGCACCGAAACUUUCGACCUUGAAGAAAAAAGGAAGAAUGACGUCCCUGUGGUGCACUACUGUGCCAUCUCUGCCAUUGAGAGCGGCCACAAAGCACCAAUUACAGACGUCCAGUGGCUUCCAGAAACCUUUGAGGUCAGUCGGAUGGGCGUACCGCUGGUAAACCCCAACACCGCGUGUGUUCAGCUUGUCACCUGCGCUCCUAACUGCUCCUUGAUGUUCUGGGAUAUCCGGGCUCAGAGGGUAGGGGUGCAGCCCCUGUCUGACAAGAAGCAGAGGGUGGAGGACAACCCCUACAGCGUCCUGGACACCUUCAGCCACCUGAACCUCACCUGGAAACCGCUGUUAAAGGUGACUCUGCCGAGGAUUGAUAGUAGUGCAGCACGGCUCCCAUACAGCCCCUUGAAGUUCAGCUUGCAACACAACUGCCGGGACAGACUCGCAGAAAGAGGCGAGACCCCCCUGGAUUACAGUAACCUCCGAGUGACUUCAGCAAAGAACCCCAAACCUCUGGGAGACUUCAACACCAAGUUCUAUGUCGGCACAGAGGACGGGGAGCUGAUCCACACUGACUGGAAGCUGGAGAAAGAUAAUGACUCUGGGAGGCUGUUCAGUUGCAAACCAUUGACAUAUGUCAUAGCCCAUGACGGCUUGAUAAACACAGUGCAGCGGUCUCCCUUCUUCAAAGAUAUUAUUCUCACUGUGGGGGGUUGGACCUUCGCUCUAUGGAAGGAUGGAGUCAUGGAAGGUGCACUCAUGCAGUCUCCGUGCUCUGAGACAAAAUACACAGUGGGCUACUGGUCCCUGACGCGGCCGGCCGUGCUCUUCAUCGGCCGGGCAGAUGGCAGCAUGGAGGUGUGGGACCUGCUGGAGAAGAGCCACGAGCCCUCAGAGGUUCAGAACAUCACCAUAGACAGCAUCACCUGCAUCAAGCCCUUCUUCUCCAAGCUGCAUUUCCUGGCUCUGUCUGAUGACCUUGGGACCCUCCAUGUGGUUCAGAUCCCAUGGACCCUCUAUAACCCCAGCAGCAAUGAGAAACUAAAAAUUGGGAAGUACUUAGAGAAGGAGGUAGAGAGACUGCUUUACUUCAUGAAGAGGAGGGAGAUGCGAGGGCAGGAGAAGAACAGCAUGGAGGCCGAAGAACAAAGGAAGAAAAUGGAGCCAAUGGUGGGGGAGAGGACCAUGGAGGUGAAGGAGGAGGAGGACAGGAAGGAAUACGACCGUUACCUGGCGCAGGUUAAGGUGGUCCUGAAGGAACUGAGAAUGUAGCGGCAGCACACUGGGCGUGUGACAUUAAGAAAUACACCGCCAGAUGCAAGACAUAUUUACAUUUACGUUUUAUUUUUAUAUUAGGCAUUUUUAUACCCUGAGUUUGUGAUGACUAUGAUGAUUAUUUUGAGUAAAUCGUCUGAUGCACUGCUUUGCAUGAAAAGAAUCUGGGGCACGCCGACUUUUCAUCUCCACAAAGUAUAUAUAUUCUAAAUUUCUCGUUACUCCCUAAUGCCUUCUUCUCUGCCGGUCCUGGACCAUUUCAGCCGGCCGGCCAAUCAGAGAACGGCAUGCUUGACACAGCCGCGCGGCCCCUUCAUCAUAAAUGGCGGCCCCAUAACAUCUCGGCCCACCUUCAAGCGUCAAUAAUUUUCUAUGGCCAUCCGACAGCCAAAUUUGAGAAAAGUCAGUAUUUAUACCAGAGAUAUGGGUCUCUAUAUCACAGUCAUGGUUACCCUCAACUUUCACAUCGAUCUACAU